UCUACCCUGAGUGGCAAAUGGUGACAGUGGAAGGGCCAGGAGCCGGUUUGGGUUGGGCCAAUCGACGCGGUUGUUUGGGUAUCGGGGGCGGACAAGGGGUCUGCGGCGCCGGUUGUGUUGGAAACGGGCGGCCGGCGGCAGAGGAUGUAGUGUUUGGAGUCUGAUCGUCCUUCAGAUCCCUCCACCUUGCUUUCUGUCAUCAGUUUCUUGUCCAGGAUGACUCUGCCCAUUGCGUGACGUCAACAUCUUUGAUUUCUGCCUCGGAAUUGUUCAAGAGACUGCAGCAGUUUUAGGACUUGUGUGAAGAUGUGAUCUGUGAAAAUAGUGAGGUGGUGUUAAUAGUAUCCUGAACCAUUCAAAACUCUGAUGCCAGAUGGGAAAACCCAUUCCCAGUGGGUCUCCACGCUCCUGUACUUCCUCCCUGAUGGUAAUGAUGUGCCAGAUGCAGGAUGGAUCGAAUGACGGACGACGCCUUGAGGCUCCACCUGUUGAAACGGGGGCUGGACCGGGCGGAGGAGCGCGAUGAUCUGGUGGCCAAGCGGCUGAAGGUAGAAGGGCAUGAAGCCAUGGAGCGGCUGAAGAUGCUGGCCCUGCUGAAGAGGAAGGACCUGGCAGGCCCUGAAGUGGCCCAGGACCUGGGGGCCAAGCCUGAGCAUCAGAAGGCGGGUGAGGAGAAGAUGAACGGCAGCUUGAAGCCUCGGCCUGAACUUCGCAAUGUUAGCAAAGCAGGGAAGGAGAACAUGGGAGAUGAGCCCGUUGACAUGAGCGCACACAAGAGUGACGUGGACAGAGAACGCAGCACACCAUCACCAGAUAUCAUCGUGCUGUCGGACAAUGAGGCCUCCAGCCCUCGUGCCAAUGGCCGGUUCGAAGACAGGAUCAAAGUGGCAAAUCUGGAGAUUUUCAAGGGCAAGGGCCCCGAGGAGCGGCAGAUGAUCAUCAAGCAGCUUCGGGAUGAGCUGCGGCUAGAGGAGGCCCGGCUGGUGCUGCUGAAGAAACUCCGCCAGAGCCAGGUGCAGAAGGAGAACGUGGUCCAGAAGGUGCCCGUUGUACAAAAUGCCCCAUCUGCUGGCCAGUCAUCACUGGCUCCGGGUGGUCAGCAGCUGAUGUCCAAGCCACCGUCCCGGCCUAUCUCUCAGGUAUUGGAUCCUCAGAAUCUGCGAGGAGCUCAGGGUCAUCCAGUCAUCAGGUCGGUUCCCAACAGCACGCUGCCACAGUUGCUCAUGUCCCAGCGUGUGAUCGCACCCAGCCCAGCCCAGAUGCAGAGCAUGAGGAUCGCCAAGCCAGGUCUCAUCCACAGCCCUGUGUCAAGCCAGAAUCCGACAGGCACCUACCAAAAGCAGGCCGGCUCCUCCAUCCCAUCGCCCCGGACCACUCCAUCCACCAUGUAUAUGAAUGUCUCCUCGCACGUGCAGUCCAGUCUGACGACUGCAGUCAGCCCUGCCAUGUCCAGCGCUGGCAGUUUGAGUGACCCCACCAGCAGCCAGGCAGCUGCCAAACUGGCCCUGCGCAAGCAGCUGGAGAAGACACUGCUGGAGAUCCCUCCGCCCAAGCCCUCACCACCACUGCUCAACUUCUUGCCCAGUGCGGCCAACAACGAGUUCAUCUACAUGCUGGGGUUGGAGGAGGUGGUGCAGAGUGUCAUCGAAAGUCAAGGAAAGGGGCGCCUCCAGUUGCCCCACAUCGACCCAUUUGUGUGCUCUCAGUGCCGGACGGACUUCACCCCUCACUGGAAGCAGGAGAAGAAUGGCAGCAUCCUGUGCGAGCAAUGUGUGACGUCCAACCAGAAGAAGGCGCUGAAGGCAGAGCAUACCAACCGGCUGAAGACUGCCUUUGUCAAGGCGUUGCAGCAAGAGCAGGAGAUCGAACAGCGGAUACAGCAGCAGGCAGCGGUGGUGUCAGCUUCCCCCACCUCUGUGUCGGCUGGUGCAGUAAUGAACAAGCCCGAGCCAGUCAUCAGGCACCACCCUCUCCGGCAGCAGCCGCCUCAGUCGCAGUCGUCUCUCCAGCGAGGGCUCCACUCCUCCGCCCGUAGCGUGCUCUCCAACUUUGCCCAGGCCCCCCAGCUCCACGUGGCCAGUGGUCUCUUAGGCAUGCCAGGUAAGCAUGCAGUGCGGAGCGGAGCCCAGAGCCGAGGACGAAGGCCGUACUUCACAAACUCAGGGGUCAACAUGUCGUACCUGAACGCCGGUGUCGGGAGUCAGAAGGGGUCAAGUCUGGCGGACCGUCAGCGCGAGUACCUGCUGGAUAUGAUCCCACCCAGGCCCAUCCCACAGUCCGUCAGCACACCGAAGUGAGGGGCUGCCGCCGCAUGCAGUGCCUGUCCUGGUGCCUCGUACUUAACCCAAUGCUUACGGGAGCUGUCCCACCUCCUCCCCGAUAUUAUUGUACUAUGUGUCUAAUGCUAACGUCGUUGUAGGGAUGUGGGGCCGCCCCUCUACGCACGCCCCCACUCGCACAGGCCACAAGGCAAGGGCCGCGCUCCAGAGGUGUGUGUUUGUAUCCCCCCCCCCCCCCCACCAGCCUCCUGCGCCCAUCUUCCUCCUAAACCCAGCCUCCUGUGCCCCUCUCUUCCCUCCCAUGCUUCCCUAUCUCGUGCACCCCUAAUCUCUGGCUCAGAUGGGAGUUUGGGGAAAUAGGUGGUGGUUGGGGGGGAAGAGAGAGAGAUUUUAACCUAGUCCCACAAGCACCAGUUCACCCCUGACCCCUGCUCACCAGUCACUCUCCCCACUUCCCACCUGUUGGGAGAGAUUCAUGUGGCAGCUGUCCAGCAAGGGGAACAGCAAUGAUAUUAGGUGUCCUCCGCAGGGCCAUCCUGCAGUGAGAGAGAGGGUUAUGCACACACCCAGGAGCAGUGACAUGAGUGUUGUCAGAAGUUCAGCAGUGUCCAGGCAUGCUCCAACCUCAUACCAUGUGUAUAGAGCCCUUUCAUUUCCAGAUAAUGCCUCAGCCUUCCCUCUCCCCCUUUCUCCAGCCCACUGGGAGCACCUUCCCCGAUGGGAAGUGGGAUCUUUCCGAAUCCCUGCCUCAACGCUCAUUUAGUGUAUAUUGUGCAAAGGCCUCCAGAUGUCAGUGGCCCCUCCAACAGCAUCUGAGGAUUUAGAGAGACCUAGAAGCACAGCCCUAUACACACAAAAUGCAGGAGGAACUCAGCUGGUCAGGCUGCAUCUGUGCAGAGGAUUAAACAGUCGACAUUAAAAUUCGAGUCUUCUUCAGGACUGGAAAGGAAGGGAGCAAAAGCCUGACCCUACUUUCUUAUUCCAGCUUCUGCUUCCACUUCCUGAUGAAGGGUCUCAGCCCAAAAUGUUGGCUAUUUAUUCCCCUCCAUAGGUACUACCUGACCUGCGGAGUUCCUCCAGCAUCUGCAGAAUCUGUUGAGAAUCACACUCAUAUAGCAUAGGAAGUGGCCACUUGGAUUGCCACCUGCCAGUGUGCACUGUCCUAUCUCCCAGUAUUUGGCCCAUAGGCUUCCCCAGGCAAUAGAAAUGUUCAUCUAGACACUUUCAUUGACUCUCUCUGACUGCUCACCACCCCCUCCCACUCGCUGAUCCUCUCCAAAUCUCUCCCACCACCCCCCCACCCCCGUAUCCUAGAUCCAAGUCCUCUGGUUUUACCUAUAUCCACAAUGGGAAGUUCUCUGACCUCAGGGAAGAGGGGUCAUCCGGAGGGCUGUGUUCAGUGUGGGGGGGGGGGGCGGGUAUUGGAAUGGGAGCUGGUAAACCCAAGAGUGACUAGUGAUCAGGGUCCCUGGAUCCAUGAGGCUGCAGCUCUACCUGCUGCGCCUUUGUGCCUCCCUUUACCUUCUCACCCCCUUGAUGAGGGAAAGUUCCCCAAACCUUGUAGGACAUGAGCAGUGGGCGGUUGGGUGUGGUGGGGGGGGGGGGUUGCCGAGGAGAUAAGUAUUGAGGCCAGGAGGCUGAGAGAGUAUUAAUCUUACUCACUUAAUGAUUGCUGCCACUCCAUUUCUAGCCAGAGAGGGUGAUGUUGAGCUGUGAAUCAUUUGGGUUUCCAUAUUCCAGCCUGACAGAAUAAACUCUACCGUGUGGUCCCUUCUGGCUGGUUUAACAGAAACAUGCGGCAUUGUACUCUCAAACGAUUUUGAUGCCCCACACUUCGCAGCAUGUGGCCACAGCAACUUUGCCCAACUAAAAUCAGAGCUUCUGAAUCCUUCAGGAGUCAUCUGUGAACUUCAGAUCCAGCAUCCUUCCCACAUAAGGCUGAACCCCAGACCAGCUGUAAUGUUUGUGGGAAGCAGCCCCUCCACCCACCAAUCAGUGUCACUGGGUUAGGCCUCUGCACUCUGUGGAGUGAGAUGAACAGAAGGGGACAGUUUUGAUUAGAAGUUGUCCUAUACUGUACAAACCGCUAUAUUGUAUAAUGCAGUUGGGAGGCUGUUCAACCCAUUGAACACAUGCUAGCUCUUUGAAAUUUUCUAAUUGGUUCUGCUCCCCUUUAAUAGUUCCUCUUGAUCCUGGCCGUCUCUUGCAAAGGUUUCACCUCCCCCCACCCCCACACAAUCUCUCUACUCAGAUUCCGACUGCUGCACUCUGGUGCCUCUCUCUCAAACACAAUGAGAGCCUCCAGGGAGGGGCAUUGAGAUCAAGCUUGAGACAACAGUGGUCAGUCGUACUUUCGUAUCAGUGCUCCCCACCCCACUCCAUUCCAUCCAUCACCGCAACUCCUUGCCAUUGUGUGUAGACAUGAGCAUCUCUGUGAGAGGCCACUAUUCACUUUGUCUCCUGGCUAGCAGCGCCGGGUUCCCCAAAUACCCUCUCCCCUCCCUCUUUCCCAUUCACCUCCCUCCCUCCUAUUUCCCCCGCUCCCUGGCGCUGAUGGGUAGGAACAGAUAAUGGCAAAGGGCUAAUCGCCCCUCCCCAUACCCUCGGCCUCGGGCGCUAUGUCACUGUUCAUCCCUGGCUUCAGCGAGUGUGCGAGCCGCUCUCCCUACAUUAUGUGUUCUGGUGGGUGGGUUGGGGUUUAUUGUAUAUUGGGAAACAAUAAGUCAAGUUACUCUCCAAGAGACUGCCAGCGAGCCUCCGACAAGAUUGUGGUGUCUGGGGCACACCAGAACGUUGGGUGUCUCCACCUUCCCCCUUGCCCCUGGGAGGAUGGGGGGUUCAGUCAGUUUUUGAGAACCCCGCCCCAUUGUCGGAGGCACCGUCUUCCGGACCAGACGUUAAACCAAGGCCCCGUCUGCCUCCCCCACCCCCUUUCACCCACCUCCCCAAAAAAAGACUCCCCCACUUCCUCGGGCGGACGUUAAAGAUCCCACAGAACUAUUGGGCAUGAGAGCAGGGUUGAUAGCAGGGUGGGGGUUGAUAGGGACCCCUGGGGGAGGAUAGUUCAGCACUGGUCUUCAGUCUGGGAGCUCUGCCCAGACACUCCAGUGUAGGCAGCAGCUCUCCUUACACCCACUCCUCCCACCAUGUACCCACCUUCUUCCAUUUCCAGCUGGAUUCGGGUCGUAGCUCUCUCCCAGAGCAGCAGCAUGGUUUAGUGGUGGGACAGGGAGGGGUCUGGUGGAUGUCAGUGGGCUGCAUUCACCACCUGACACAGUGCACCCUUCCGUGGCUCGGACUUGAGCAAUUCUGUCCUACCAAGGGCCAGAGUGGCCUGUGGGUGAAGCUCCCACCCCCGUCAAUGCCCAGCGAAUACUUUCCGGCACUGGGGCAGAAUCCACUGUGGGUGCCGACUGCACUCCAGGAAGGCAGGAGUGAGAUACAAAGGCCCUAUUGCCCCACACACACUAGUGUUGGUCCUACAAGACUAACUGUCCCCCUCUCUAGUCCCCUUCUGCCUCUUGAUUUCAGCAACUGAAGCCAUGUUUAAGUGAAGUGCGCCCGCUGGCUGUACGGUCUAUACCCGGGAUACAGCGGACAGCGUUCCCAGUGGUUUGUGUUGCGUGUUUACAGUUUAACUGGGCGUUAACCAUCUCUCCCUUUCUCCUAACAAUGGGGUCAGUCCUUCCUCUACUCUCUCUCAUUUUUAAAUUUUUAAUUUAGUUUUUCUUUUUGUUCUAUUUUUUAAAGAAAAACAAACAGUAGAUUGAUGUUUGCUCAGCUUGUUUAUUAUUUUGUAUUGUGCUGAAUUUGUGUACUCGAUGCUGUAUCACAGAUGUUAUAUACCAAUGGGGGGGAAAAAAGAAACUGCCAAGACUUAGUCAUCCAAUGACUGACAAAAUAAGCAAGUUUUUCAAAAAACCUUUGUAAUAUUUAUUACUUACAGGUUGUGUUUAAUAAGGAACCAGGUGAACCUCCUCAGUGAGACGGUGUAUGUGGUAAUAAACUAUCAGGUCAUUACGUCUGA